GACACGAUGAUCUUAGCAUUGCUAUAACACACAGCUCCAAAACACUUCGGCUGCCAUUUUGCCCAACAACUUGUUUCUGAAGCUGGGCUCUAAGAACCCCAAUUUAGAAGUCGCAAGGAGGGUUUUCAGUCUUUAUUUUGAUACCAGCGGCACAAUGAGGCACAAAAGAAGGCCACGAAUACGAAAAUUUGUCCAGUUUGUUCUGCUGUUGAUCCUCCCAUUGGGCGUCCUCUCGACACAGUGUCCCAUCGACCCCGACCUGGACGUGGGCGAGCCGGGCAACAGCUACGAGUGCCCCGACACCCUGCCCGACGGCACGGAGAACACUUACAACACCUGCUGCCACAACGAGCGACCGGACGAGAAUGGCGACUAUCACAGCUGCUGUCAAUCCCCUGAGGUGGCUAGAGCCGAGAGCAUGGCCAAGUUCUACGGGAUGCUGGGCAUUCUGGGCGGCGUGACCGGCGGCCUCAUGACAGUGGUCUACGUUAGGACGUACUGCAAGGACGACACGUGGCGAUGCUUGAAACCCAUCAAGCGGGAGUGCAAGAAAUGGUUCGACCUCACCAUGGACGCCCUGUGCUUCUGCGGCUGCUGCCCCAAGAAACUUCGACGAAAAACGAAAAAGGACCACGAGAUUCCCGACAACAAGCAGACGUCAAACGACAAGAAGGCAGCAGACGACCCGGCUGCCGUGGAGGUCAACAUGGACGAGUUUUGGAUGUGAAACCAACAAAAUCCUUCCAAAUUAGCACCAAACAAUAUCAAAGGGAUCUUUUAUAAAUAUGCAAGCUUUGAAAAUUAAUCAAAUUUGGGCCAGAAUUAGACUUUUGUCAAAUCAUUCAGAAAUCAUUUUGGAACGAAAAGAAACAAGUUUUUGUCGUCUAGAAGGCCGCUAUAUUUCACUUUCGAUGAAAAUUCUUUGAUCAAAAUCUUGAAAAAAUCUGUAAGGGUUUAGCCUUGCAAAAGUAUCAAAUUUGGGCCAAAAUUAGACUUUUCGUCAAAUCAUUCAGAAAUAAUUUUUAAACGAAAAGAAACAGAUUUUUGCCAUCUAGAAGGUCUCUAGAUUUCACUUUUGAUGAAAAUUCUUUAGUCUAAAUUUUGAAAAAAUCUGCAAGGGGUUGUUAGCCUUGCAAAAUGACUGAAUUUUGGCCAAAAUUUGACUUUUCUUCAAAACAUUCAGAAAUCAUAUUUGAACAUAAAACAAAAUGUUUUUGUCGUUUAAAAGGCCUGAAGUAGGCAAAUUUUGAUGAAAAUACUCUGGUCAAAAUUUAAAAAAAAAUGCAAGGGGUUAGCCUUGCAGAAUAAUGA